GCUGUGGAAGCCCACCGCCCAGUUGACUAAAGCCCGUCUGUGUGUAGGGACUGACAUCAGUCUUGCCUCGCUGUCUUAGGAGAUCUCUAACACCAGCAACCUUAGCGAGUGCACACUCCCCCACACGUGUGUGAAUAGAGAGUUAGACAGAGUACACCAGACAACUUCCAUAGAACUUUAUUGACUAAAGCAGUGGUCUGGAGAGCUGAGAAGCUACUUGCACAGACAUGCCUUUCUCCCGUAGCUUCCUGUCAGAGGAGCAGUUCCAGUGUUCCAUCUGUCUGGAUGUGUUUGACAACCCCGUCUCCACCCCAUGCGGUCACAGCUUCUGCAAGGCCUGCAUCGGCCGCUACUGGGACGCCGCUAAGCUGUGCCAGUGCCCCCUCUGCAAAGAGACCUUCCAGAAGAAGCCCCAGCUCCACAUCAACCGCACCCUGCGUGAGAUCACGGAGCAGUUCAAGCGGAUGACGGGAGAUGAGGGGGCCUGCGGGGGGCGAGAUGAAGCUGCUUGCGUUAGAGGAGAGGAGCGGCUCACCAAACCCGGGGAGAUACCGGGGGAUCUCUUCACACAGGGGAAGAGGAAGGUGCCCAAGAACUCACUGCGAGAGGACACCCAGUCACGGCUAUGGUGACGCCCUCCGGACGCGGAUCCGUCCUCCGCCUCGGACUUCGCGCGCCGGGUGUCCUACCGGAGGUACACGCUGAGCGGGGCUGCGGACGCCAAACACGUGGCUCUCUGCCCCAAGCACCACCAGCAGCUGGAGAUGUUCUGCAGGACGGACCAGCAGUGCAUCUGUGUGGAGUGUGCUGAGCACGACCAUCAGUCUCACAGCACCGUCCCGGCAGAGAGCCAGUGGGAAGAGAGUAAGUCACACAUAGGCAUCACAAAGCUUGACAUAAAGGAAAAGAUUAGCGAGCGACAGAGAAAGGUGGAGGAAAUCAAAUCAUCCAUGGUGGACAUCCAGAUGUCUGCCGAGCGGGAGACUCAGGGAAGCGUGCGCGUGUUCUCAGCGCUGGUGGAGUCCAUCGAGCGGAGCCAGGCAGAGCUGCUUGAGGUGAUCGAGAUCAACAGACGCUCGGCGGAGCACCAGGCCGAGGGGAUGAUCCGAGAGCUGGAGCAGGAGGUGCUGGAGCUGAGGAAGAGGAGCGGUGCUCUGGGGAACCUGCUCCGUACAGACAACUAUGUGAAGUGCCUUACGAGCUACUACUCGACCCUUUCCAGUCCUCCGCCAAUCAAAGACUGGUCUGGGGUCUCUGUGACCUCUGACCUCUGCACCAGGAAGGUGUACCAGAGUCUAUGUCAGCUACUGGAGCGCUUCCAGGAAGAGUUACAGAGACUUCCAGAAGUAGGUAUCAAAAAUCAUAUGGAACCCCCUGUGAUGACGCUCCAGCCAAAACAGAAGAGGAUGCAAGACUACACAGCGGACAUCACUCUGGAUUCAAACACCGCCCACCCUCGACUCAUUCUGUCAGAUGACAGGAAGAAGGUGAGGUGCGGUGACCGGCACCAGCCGCUUCCAGACGGCCCAGAACGCUUUGACCGCGUGGUGUGUGUACUGGGCCGAGAAGGCUUCGACUCGGGGCGACACUACUGGGAGGUGGAGGUGGGGGGUAAAACUGACUGGGACGUGGGUGUAGCCAGCAGCUCCAUCAACAGGAAGGGCAAAAUCACAGUGAACCCCGGCAAUGGAUACUGGUUUCUCAGCCUGCGAGACAAGACCAACUACGCCUUCCGCACAGAGCCUUCCACUACCCUGCCCGUCAACCUACGGCCACAGAAAAUUGGGGUGUUUGUGGAUUAUGAAAAGGGCCAGGUGUCCUUUUAUAACGUGGAAGCGAAGAUACACAUUUACACCUUUCAAGAUGCGUUCUGUAAGCCCAUUCAUCCUUUCUUCAGCCCCUGCACCAAUAAGUCAGGCAAGAAUGAAGCACCACUUAUCAUCACACCUGUGCUGUUGGACUAAGCAUUUGAAAUGGGGUGUGUAGGUGCAUACAGAAAAGAUUUGCUAAUGUGUGGUCCCUGUUGAAUUUGCUGUAAUAUGUUGUAAUGAUGAAAGUUUUGUAAGGCUUUGUGGGAAUGGAUAUUAGUUGACUGGAUUUCUGACACCUCAACUGGCAAAUUAUAACUCCAGUCUUGAUCAUUUCAGCUCUUGAGUGAUCCAUUCCCAUGAUGAAAUGCCUUGUGCAAUCAUAACAUUAGUUAAAUUGCUGGUUGUAAUUUGUAAACGCUGAAAUACAGAGGAAUAUUGGUAGGGUCUUAUAAAGACAGAAUAGCCUAAAUGUUUCCAUAAAUAUUCUGUUUUAGGUUUGUAAGAUUUAUACAAAUGUUCUUCAUUACACCGUAUGAACCAAAGCUAUCACAUUUGUACAUAUUGACAACCAAAG